AUGGAGCUACUGCUGGAGCAGCUGGAGCUCUUUGCCGAAGUGGUGGCGGUGUCCCGUUCCCGCCAUGUGGACAGCUGGGGGCGCGUGGCCGUGCGGCGCGCGCUGCGCUGGGCCCGCUACCUGCGCCACGUGCACGGGCGCUUCCGCCACCGCGGCCCCGUUAGGGCAGUGCUGGAGGAGGGGCUGCGCCGCCUGCGGCUGCGGUCUCAGUCGGGUGUCGGGGACGCGGCCCACGCUGGGCGCUGCCAGGAGCUGGUUCCGGGGCCGUUGCGGAGCUUCGCUGGCCUGGGGCGCGGGGACGAGCUGCUGGCCCUGGGACUGCUGGAGAACGCCGCGCUGCGAGGCCCUGCGCUACAUGAGCUGCUCCGGCACUUGCGGCCUGAGCGCGUGGAGCCCGCGCCCGAGGCUGGUGAUGAGGACGAGGCCGGGUUGCAGGAUCGCCUGGCUGGCCUGGCCCGCCGCAGGGCUGCCUCCCAGCUGCUUCUGUUGCUCAGCCCUGGCCCCGCCCAGGCUGACCCCGCGCUACGCAGCACCGAGGCCCAGCUGCUGCUGCGGAGGCUUCACGACGAGGCCGAGGCUGAUCCAGGGGCCGCGGCCCGGCUCCUGGACCGCCUGUGGGCCCAGCUGCCCCGGCCCCGUUGGCUGAACGUGCUGGCCACCGCGCUCCUGCUGCGGCCAGACAGAGCUGAAGGUGAGAAUCACGAUGAAGAGGAUCCAGGGACACCAGCAGACCCCAGGCAAGGCGCCAUCGCAUCCCUGCUGGCCUGGCUCCUAGCUCGGCCUGCUGCAUUGGCCGAUCUCUGCCGCCUCCUGCCCUCGUCCCUCAUUGCUUCAUUGGCUGGCCGCCACUCGGCUCUGGCAGAAGCUUGCCUGGGUGUGCUCAUGAACUGGGGCAGCCGGCUGCAUUUCAACCCAGUGCGGGGGGCCUGGGUCGGGGCUGGCCUGGAGGGACUCCCCUGGGAGGAACUCCGGGACCGCUUUCGAUGCCUCUGCCAGGCCCCUGCCCCGCUAAGAGACCAGGCCCGAUCUGUGCUGGACACCUGCAAAGCCCGGGAUGGAGGUUUUGAAGCCCCAGGGCUCAGCGUGUGGACUGACCUGUUGCGAGACAUUGAGGGGAGUGAGGCCCCAGAGGGGGGUGAAGCCCCAGAGGGGGAUGAGGCCUCAGGAUCCACUCAUGAAGAUGCCCCAGACAGCACUUAGCAUCCAGUCUCAGAGUAGCCCUUGAACUCACCAGGGUGUGUUCCUUCUCCUUACAAGAACUGAAACUGAACAUUCAUCCUUAAAGUACUGGUCCUUAAUAUACACAGAGUGCAAAAGUUAUUCCAUGUAUGCCACUAAACAAAACUAGUUUUUCACUUAUUCUUUACCAUCACCUUAAUGUGUAAAUUAGGAAUGCCUUUGAUCUCUAAUAUAUAAUCUUUGUCAAAGAAUGGUCUUCUUGAAAUGACUUUUAGUGGGCCUUCCUUUUAUUUAAGUGUUUUCCUUUACAUUCUGUAUAUAUAUGUACAUAUGUAGUUUAAAGAGUCACACUAAAGAAAUGAUUUAAAUUAAACUAUUAUUGUUUAGGCAGGUUUUUUAAGUGACUCUUCUGAUUUUUCAAAUAGUACAUCUUUUCAGAAGUGUUUGUGUGUAUAUGUAUAUGUGUAUUGGAUGAGCUUAGUAAAGAAAAGGAUUCACAAAAGGUUUUGUUAAAAUUUUACCUUGCAGCUUUCUAUAUUAAUAUCACAAUCAUGUUUCAAAAUUAGUCACUUCCUAUACCAGUUGAAACCCCCUCACCUUUUUAAAUAAGAAAAGCAGUAACCCAAAAUAUAUGGUAUUGUGAUCUGUUCUGACAGUGAAUGCAGGCCUUGUAUUGGUAAGAAUUAGGACUGUGCAUUAACUUGAUCACUUUUAUUUAUAUAUCAGUUUUAGAUUUAGGAGGAACUAUAUAAAAUUUAGUUCAGGUCCCUCAUUGAAGAAGAGGAAACAGCCACUGAAAGGUCAAAUGACUUGACAGGUCAAAUGACCUACCCAAAGUCACACACCAAGUAUAUUAGAGAUAAGAUUCAAGCUCAGGUACUCUGACUCUUUAAUUUAGGGCUUUUAUCCACUAAACAACUCUGUCCAUGAAGUUGUAGGUCCAUAGGUCCAGGGUGGGAAUAGAAAUGACAAGGUCAAAGUGAGGAGCAGAUUUUCUGGUGGUGGACCAUUGGGCAGCAUUGGCUGACAUCAGAAGAAUGGAGGUGGAGGAAGCUUCUGUUGCCAGCCAUUCAUAUGUAGAAUUUUAAUCAGGAACUAAUUUCUAGUAAUGGAUUCACUCAUCACUACCCUUAGCCAUAUUAUGAUUUAUAGAGCCACAUCAUGAUGAUAUGCUCAUAUCAUGUAAUGAGCAAAUGUUUUUGGUAGUGUGUGCACAGACAACUUUUCUAACAACCCAAUUUUAUUUUAUUUUUUUGAAAAAUUUAUUAGUCAUUUUAGAACAUUUUCCCUUGGUUACAAGAAUCAUAUUCUUUCCCUCCCCUCCUUCCACCCCUUCCCAUAGCCACGCAGUUCCACUGGGUUUUACAUGUGUAAAAAAAAAAACCUAUUUCCAUGUUCUAACAAUCCAAUUUUAGAAGUUGUUAAAAGUGUCAUAAUCAGCAACAUUGUGAUCAAGGGAUUUAUUUUUUUUUCCUAUAUAUAUAGAUAAACUAAGCCCAGAAAGAUAAUGGAUGGGCCAGCAAACUAUUAUAGUAGACAAAAAUCCUGACUUACUUUAGUUUGAAAAAUGAAUCAGACUAAAUGCUUGAUGUAUUAUACCACAUGCUUGUUAUAUUUUUAAAUGUUGCUUCAAGAAAUACUAAUAAAGUAUAUGGCUCUUA